AUGGACGACCCGAACGCGCACAUGUAUCCGCCCAUCCCGGAUGCGACGACCGGUGUGAUGUCAUCAGCUUAUCCUCCCAUGCCCGUGUCCACGCAGAUGCCACCACAACAGAUGCCGCCACAGUCGCAACAGCAACAGAUCUACCCUUCGUCUGAUUCACCCCACUCCGAACCAUCGCGCGUAUCGACGGUCUCCACCACGUCCAACGCCAAGCCCCAACCGAAGAAGAACCAGUACCCAUGUCCGAUGGCGAAGCAGUUCGGAUGCGCCGACUUCUUCACCACCUCCGGCCAUGCUGCGCGACACGCGAAAAAGCACACCGGCAAGAAGGAUGCGUACUGCCCGGAAUGCAACAAGGCAUUCACUCGCAAGGACAACAUGGAACAGCAUCGGCGCACACACCAGAACGGUCGUGGCGCGGCAGCGCGGACUGCUCCUACCAGUAGUGACGAAGCGAAGGUCAAGAAGCCCGUGAAGACGCCGAAGAAGUCAGCUGUCAAGGCAGAACCACAGCAACUGGAGGCCGCAGUGGAGCAGCAACUCGCAGAGCAAGCACAGCCUAUGCAAAUGCCGAUGUCGUCCCAGAUGCCUCAAUCCACACAGGGUCAGCUACCACAUAACCUCGCGCUCGACCAGGCGCUCAUGAUGCCAGGCGGUGGUCCUUACUUCCUCAACGGUAACGACACCGGUCCCAUUCCAGCACUACCAAACGUCAUGCCAGACCUGAACAUGCGCCCCCAACUCCACCGAGCAAACUUCACAACUAAUCUCGACUACGUACCCCCGAUGGCAGCGAUGGGUGGCGACCCUAACAGCGAUCUCCACUACUCAUAUCCAUCACCGGGCCUGUCGAACGGACUGAACAGUCUCGCUCUCGCCGCUAGCGAGCACCGCCGUCUGUCCGAAGAGAAGGAAGCGCAGAGUCCCCAGGACUCGCAUGGCACUCCAUCCGAGCAGACGUGA